AGACAGCAAGCGUCAUCAUCACCUCAUCAUUCACGAACACCCGCACACGCGAACACGAACACCACCACGAGCACCAGCAGCGAUGGCGCAGCGAGGGGAAGGGGAGGCUGAUGAUGCCGUGGCUGUGAGGCCAGAGGACGUGCGGCAGCUGGAAGAGCGUGUCUGGAAGGAACACCCAGACCUCGCCCGCAGCGCGCAUGAGGGCUUCUUGUCUGAGGAAACAUACAGGCGGUACUUGGUGGCAAGGGAAGGGAGCGUGGACAAGGCCUACGACAUGAUUGUGGGCAGCCUCAAGUGGCGCAAGGAGUGGCAGCCAGAGAGCAUCACGCCAGAGGAAGUAGAGACGGACAUUGCCAUGUGCAAGAUGUACAUUCAAGGGAAAGACAAGCAGGGGAGACCCGUGGUGAUCUUCAAGCCCGCAAAUGACGUGGACGGCGUCGGCUCCAUCCUCACUAAAGUCCGGUUCUACGUGUGGGUGUUGGAGUCAGCCAUCAAGCAGAUGGCACCAGGCGUGUCUCAGAUGUUGUGGAUCGUGGACAUGAAUGGAUAUCGUGUGGGCCCAUCAGACUUGAAGCGUGCCAAGCUUGCACGUGCGCUGCUUGAGACGCUGCAGAAUCAGUAUCCAGAACGAGUGUGGAAGCUGGUGCUGGUGAAGCCCCCAUGGUACUUUCGCGUCCUCCUCACCAUCAUGAAGCCGUUCGUCUCUCAACGUACACUGAACAAGUUGGUCACAGACAAUGGAAGUGGGCAGCAGUACCCACAGCUGGACGCAAUGAUUGGGAAGGAACAGCUCGAGACCACAUAUGGGGGCGUCCUCCCUGUUCCUACAGGUAGCCUCGAGGAAGCCAAGGAACAGCUGGCUCAGGCGCAGGCACAGGCGCAGGCACAGGCGCAACAACAACCGCGCACACAAGACAGGGAGCAAGGUGAUGCGGGCGCCAACAAUGACGAUUGGAGAGGUGCAUGGAGGCAGCACAAGCAGGACAGCGGACUGGGCGGUGUGCGUGAGGCAAUAGCUGCGGAGCAGUCAAGCCGUCAGCGCACCAGUCCCGAUGACGAAGAUGAUGGUGGUGAUAGUGCGCUUCAUAGUGAUGCCGAUGAUGGUGACGAGGUUGUGAUUGUUCGUAUGCUGCAGGCCAGCUUCUCCUCCACAGCCACCGUGCAUCGAACGCACGUGUGAACGCGGGCAGUGGAGGUGUGAUGUGAUACAGAUACAGAUCUGCACGUUCCACACCCCUCAGUGCUUCCAGUCCAACAAACACGUGGCAGACAAACAUAAACAAACAACAAGAAUGAC